AAGACGACAGACAGAAAAAAUAUUAUAUUUUUAGUCGAGAAAGGUGACGACAGAACAUUCCACGACAUAAUGAACCCUUUUAAAGGUGUUCGUGGCAAACGAUACAAGCGCAAGUCAAAGUCGGUAAAGGUUGAAGUCAAGCAAGAGCCGGUGAUUAAGGAAGAGCCUAAUGACGGUGACGGUAUUAUAAACACACCACGGUCAAGAGUUGAUGGAAGAUAUCGUGUGAAUUACGAAGAACCGAUCGACUUUGGCUAUGAUUUCGAUCUGAUGAAAGAUGAAAUCAAAUGUGAAGAAGAAGAUACGGACAAGGAAAAGGACUCGACACCAUGUGAACGAUCGAAUGACAGCGCCGACAACAAUGAUGUCAACGAAGAUCCGAUGGGUGAUGCAAUCGAUGUGGAACCAACGCAACAAGUCAACAGUAGAAAUAAACGGAAUGGAAGUUCGAAAAGACGAAACAAACGACCGAUUCCCAGGAAUCAAGCGGCCAAAAAGCAAAAGAAGCACAAAUGCCAUGUGUGCAAUCAUUUGGCAAACUGCAAGUCCCACCUCAUAAGACACUUGCGAACUCACACUGGAGAAAAGCCGUAUCAGUGUGAUGUUUGUUCGAAGGCAUUUGCACAUAAACAAGCUUUAAACCGUCAUAAGAAAACGCACGGCCAAUUCCGUUGUUCGAAAUGUAACCAAGGAUUUGAGCAAGAAUUAGUCAAGAUCGACCACGAAGCGUUAUGCAAUCCUGUCCGAUUCGAAUGCGAUAUUUGCGGAUAUAGAACAAUGCAAAAACCACAUUUGAUAGUUCACAUGCGGACACACACCGGGUAUAAGCCGUUCGAGUGCCCAAUUUGUUUCAAGUUUUUUACGAGAAACACUCAACUCCAAAGACAUUCAAUGACGCACAAAAAUGAAUUGCCGAAUGCUUGUUCGAAAUGUGGUCGACGAUUUGCUACACUAGACGAAAAGCAAACACACGAAACACGCUGCCAACGAAGUCUUUUUGCAUGUGAUCAGUGUCGUUACAAAACUGUUAACAAGGUCGAUUUGAAGCGGCACAUGCAAUCAAAACACGGCGCUAAAAGAUUGAUCGAAUGUGAAAUUUGCGGUAAACAAUUUGUCCAACAGAUGUAUUUAAAUCAGCAUCUGUCUACAGCACACAGCGACCAAUUCCCAUUCCAAUGCUCCAAAUGCUUCGAAGGAUUUGCAACCGAAGAUGCAAAAAAUGCUCAUGAAGCUAGCUGUGGCUACCGUCGGUAUCAAUGCCAUUUGUGUAAAGAGCAUCGUCGAGACAAACACAAAUUGAAGUAUCACAUGCGAAAACACCACACCGGAGAGCGGAUUCAAUGCAAAGUGUGUGCAGCAAGCUUUGCCACUAAAAGUAAUGCUAACCAACACAUGAAAACCGUUCACCGUUUGAAGAAGUGACAAAUCAUGCAUCGCAUAUAUGCAUAAAUCCAUAGAUUCAUUAACAAGUAGUUGAGCUGGAAAUCGAUCAUUCAUUCGAUGCCUUUGAAUGACACAUCAACUGAACUUACACUUUCGUACGCUUCAGUUUGGAAGAUCAUUCAAUAUUUUUCAAUAGAAAGAAUUCAUGGAUACUACCUUAGAUCUAAGCUCCAUUUUUGUAUGAAACAAAACCG